AUGAAGAUGACAUGCAUGUAUGUCGGUGUGGAGAACAGCAAGCAGGUGAUCCAGGAGCAAGUUGUCGCCGGAAAGUCUGUCUCUUGGGAAUCGGACGCUACUACGGAGCAUGCUCAGGCGAUGCAUGAUGCUAUAAAAUCUUUCAUCCAGACAAACUUUUCCUCCUACCUUCGCCUGGGUGAGCUAGACAUAGGGGGCCUUCGUCAGAUGUGUGAUGAACCUGACUCCGAGGAAGGCCAUUCUGAAGGUGACGCUUCUCACGCCGGACCUUCCUCCGCCCCCCAGUAA